UGCACGCGCCACAAAAGCGCCACUUUCAAUACUUAGAACUCGAAAGAACCCAGCCCCCGCUGUAAACCCAACCUCACUUUUUCUGUUAUUUUCUUUCUCUCUUUUGCCCGUUUUCAGUUUCGGAGUUUCCACCAUUUCUCUGGAAACAAACAGAAAAUCACAAAUCCGGUAACGGAACGACGCCGUCAAACCUUUGCAUGCCAUCAUCUUCUCCUUUUUAAUUCUGUUUCUUCUUCUUCUUCUUCCUCUUCCUCUUCCUCUUCCUCUUCCUUUUUCUUCUCUGCUCUUCAAUUCCCUUCUUCAUCACCUUCGAACCCCAAAACCUUUUUAACCCUAAAACCCUCAAACUCUUCUAUUAUUCAUCGCGAUGAAGGAUCGGCCUCCUCCUUCAUACGGCGCAGUUUACGUCCCUCCUCACCAUCGCCUCCGCUCCGUCAUCACAUCCCCUAAUUAUACUUCCUCUGCUGCUUUGGUUGACUCCAGGCUCCGAGAGAAUCAUCAUCAGAGUGCGGUUUUAAACCCUAGAAGUAGUAGUGUUCACCUUUCGAACCUCAAGAAUCAGCAGGAGGAACAGUUCCAGAAGCAAACUUUUCACUACAAUUCUGCUUAUGACGAUGGGCUUUCUGAGGAAGGAUCUGAUCGUGAAUUUGAUUCGUCCUCUCAUCCUGGUGCUUCCCCUUCUGAUAACAUCAAUGACUGGAAAAGAAAGUUAACCUUGCUUUUACGAGACAAAGAGAAACAAGAGUUGGUUUCCAGGGAGAAAAAGGACAGGCGUGAUUUUGAGGAAAUAGCUGUUUUAGCUAGCAGGAUGGGGCUUUAUAGCCAUCUCUAUGUAAAAGUUGCUGUCUUUAGUAAAGUCCCACUGCCAAACUACAGAUUUGAUCUUGAUGAUAGGCGCCCGCAGAGAGAGGUCAUCUUGCCUCUUGGAUUGCUGAGGAGGAUUGAGUCCUAUCUUGGGGAGUUCCUAUCUCAAAAGUCUAGGACUAAGGGAAGCUUUUCAGAUGUGUCCUUUUCUAGAUCGAGCAGUAAUUGUAGUAUAGCCACUGAUGAAGGUCUUUUUGAGGUACCUGAGCCUCUGGCUUCCAGUAAGGUUGUGAUGGACAAAAUUCUUUGGCGAAGAAGCUUGCAACUGCAGGAUCAGCAACAAGCUUGGCAGGAAUCUCCUGAAGGUAGGAAAAUGCUGGAAUUUCGUAGAAGUCUUCCUGCUUAUAAAGAGAAGGAUGCAGUAUUGGCCGCCAUUUCACAGAAUCAGGUUGUUAUCAUUUCAGGUGAAACUGGCUGUGGAAAGACCACACAAAUUCCACAAUUCAUUUUAGAAUCUGAGAUAGAAUCUGUCUGUGGAGCUGCUUGUAGUAUUAUAUGUACACAGCCUAGACGAAUUUCUGCCAUGUCCGUAUCUGAAAGAAUUGCUUCUGAGAGGGGAGAGAAAUUGGGUGAAUCAGUUGGGUAUAAAGUACGGUUAGAAGGUAUAAAAGGAAGGGAUACUCACCUUCUCUUUUGCACCACUGGCAUCUUGUUGAGAAGAUUGCUUGUUGACAGAAACUUGAAAGGGGUAACUCAUGUUAUUGUAGAUGAGAUCCAUGAACGUGGAAUGAAUGAAGAUUUUCUGCUAAUUGUUCUAAAGGAGCUUCUUCCUCGUCGACCAGAACUAAGACUGAUUCUGAUGAGUGCCACCCUGGAUGCAGAAUUGUUUGCAUCCUAUUUUGGUAGGGCACAGAUAAUUCACAUUCCGGGAUUUACAUAUCCAGUUCAAACUCAUUUUCUGGAGGACAUUCUGGAAAUGACGGGUUACAGGUUAACACCAUACAACCAAAUUGAUGAUUAUGGUCAAGAAAAGAUGUGGAAAAUGAGCAAACAAGCACCAAGAAAGAGGAAAAGCCAGAUUGCUUCUGUUGUGGAGGAUGCUUUAAAAGCUGCUGAUUUAAAAUUUUAUAGCCACCGGACUUGGGAAUCUCUUUCAUGCUGGAAUCCUGAUUGCAUUGGUUUUAAUCUCAUAGAGUUUUUAUUAUGCAAUAUCUGUGAGAAAGAAAGACCAGGUGCUAUUCUGGUUUUUAUGACGGGGUGGGAUGACAUAAGUUCUCUAAAGGAUAAGCUUCAAGCUCAUCCUAUUUUAGGCGAUCCUAGCCGAGUCUUGUUGCUAGCAUGCCAUGGUUCAAUGGCCAGUUCUGAGCAGAGGUUAAUAUUUGAUGAGCCUGAAGAUGGAGUGAGGAAAAUAGUACUAGCAACUAACAUUGCUGAGACAAGUAUCACAAUAAAUGAUGUUGUUUUUGUUCUUGAUUGCGGAAAGGCAAAAGAGACAUCUUAUGAUGCACUGAAUAACACUCCAUGUUUGCUUCCAUCAUGGAUAUCCAAGGUUUCUGCUCAACAAAGAAGAGGAAGGGCUGGCCGUGUUCAGCCUGGAGAAUGUUACCAUCUCUAUCCUAGAUGUGUAUAUGAUGCUUUUGCUGAGUAUCAAUUGCCUGAAAUUUUGAGGACGCCUUUGCAGUCUCUUUGUCUGCAAAUAAAAAGUUUAAAGCUUGGAAGUAUUUCUGAGUUCCUGUCUAAGGCUUUGCAAUCGCCAGAGUUGUUAGCGGUGCAAAAUGCUAUUGAAUAUUUGAAAAUCAUCGGGGCCUUGGAUGAGAAUGAAAAUCUGACUGUUUUAGGACGCUAUCUAACUAUGCUUCCAGUGGAGCCAAAGCUUGGAAAGAUGCUCCUGUUGGGUGCCAUCUUAAAUUGCCUUGACCCCAUUUUGACUGUUGUUUCUGGCCUUAGUGUCAGAGAUCCUUUCUUAACUCCGUUUGACAAGAAGGAUCUUGCAGAGACUGCAAAAUCUCAGUUUUCCCGUGACUACAGUGAUCACCUUGCACUUAUCAGGGCCUAUGAGGGAUGGGUAGAUGCUGAAAGAGACUAUGCUGGUUACGAUUACUGCUGGAUGAAUUUUCUUUCUGCCCAAUCAAUGAAAGCAAUUGAUUCUCUUAGGAAGGAGUUCUUCUCUUUGCUGAAAGAUGCCGGUUUGAUUGAUGCCAACGACACCAGCUACAACACUUGGAGCUAUGAUGAGCAUCUCAUCCGAGCAGUUAUUUGCUAUGGUCUAUAUCCUGGAAUUUGCUCCAUUGUGCAUACUGAGAAGUCAUUUUCAUUAAAAACAAUGGAGGAUGGCCCAGUGCUGCUAUACUCGAACUCAGUCAGUGCUCGGGAAGCCAAAAUUCCAUAUCCAUGGCUAGUUUUCAAUGAGAAGAUAAAAGUGAACUCUGUCUUCCUCCGAGAUUCAACUGCUGUGUCUGAUUCGGUGCUGCUUCUCUUUGGUGGAAGCAUGUCAAGGGGGGAUAUUGAUGGACACAUAAAGAUGUUGGGAGGAUAUUUGGAAUUCUUCAUGAAACCUGCUGUCGCCGAUAUGUACGAAUGUUUACGGAGAGAACUUGAUGAUCUAAUUCAGAUCAAACUAUUGAAUCCCAAGUUGAGCAUAUACAACUAUCAUGAGCUCUUAUCUGCAGUGCGAUUGCUAAUCUCAGAGGAUCAUUGCGAAGGAAGAUUUGUGUUUGGCCGCCAGAUCCUCAAGCCAUCAAAGCCAUCUGCUAUUAGUGCACAACCAGCAUUGGCUUCAAGAACUGAAAGUGGACCUGGGGGGGAUAAUUCUAAGAGUCAACUCCAGACGUUGCUUACCAGGGCAGGACAUGCUGCACCCACCUACAAGACUAAGCAACUGAAGAACAACCAGUUCCGAGCGACCGUGGAGUUCAACGGAAUGCAAAUAAUGGGUCAACCAUGUAAUAACAAGAAGAGUGCAGAAAAAGAUGCGGCAGCCGAAGCUCUUCAGUGGCUGAUGGGAGAAACCCAGACAGGCCAUGAGUACGUCAAUCACAUGUCAAUGUUGCUGAAGAAAAGCAAGAAGGAUCAUAAUUGAACUAAUGUAGUCAAUUAUUCCAGCAAGAGCUUAAUGAGAAGAAGGCAUUGCGGUGGCAGAGGAUGGUGUUUACAAUGCCUUAACACAUACCAUGUCGGUCUAAGCCCCUUGGCUUAGAAAACUGUAAUGGUCGGCUUGUGCUUGGCAUUGUCACCAUAGGAACCUGCAAAUCUGACCUCGAUUUUACAUUCUUUCACCCACACAAAAGAUAUCACCAGAAAAGGACUUGAGUAUACAAGGUACAGAGCCUUAUAUUGAUUUGGAUUGUUGUUUUGUCUGGCUAGGCAAGAUGGAGCUACAUCCAACUAACAGAAGUUUAGUUGACUAUAAUUGACUUGAUUAGUCCAUGAAAGUAUUUUAUAGAGCAGAAAACUGAUUUGUGACAAGGAAGGUGGUUUCAUGAAGAGCCAUUUAAGUGGCUGUUGGUAAUAUGUCAGAGUUUAGGGAAAUAUACAGAGAGUAUAACUGGCCCUUGUUUACCCAAUUGGUGUAUCGUGUUGCCACUUUGAAUCUAAAAGCCUGCCUGUAAAUUGUAAUCUGUGAUAUUCUUUUUCACUUUUUGUUAGACUAUUGUUUCCUUGUAAAUUUGUAUCAAUUUAGUGUCGCUGAAUUGUUCAUUGGA